UUGCCAUAGAGACAAAAUCUGGAAGCCAUGGAUGGGCAUGGGAGAGAAGCUGCCUGCAGGGUCUCUGAUGGCAGGCUCCAUUCUCAGCAGGUUUUGCGAGAGUCAGGUUCAGUCUCUGAAGGCGAGGAAGAGUCAGAAGGCACUAGUCCAGAGACCCACGAGAUGGACUCACACACACAAUACAUUGCCAUUCAAAGAAAUUCGAGGUACUACCGGUCAAUGAGGCUGCCAAACAGAGGGAAAAGGAAGACUUCAAGAGAGGCAAUGCACAUGGGGCAAGCCACAGGUUCACUCAAAAACAACGAGACUGUCAAAGAGCCUCUGAACGUUUUACCUCCUAAGGGAUCACCAUCUCCAGUAAACUCUGACAAAACAACCUUAGAUGAACUAUGGAUCCAAAGGCUGCUGCCUUCCUACCCCCGUUACCGUGGCAACCGCCCGGGCUCCCCCAACUCCGCGCCGCUGCCGCCGGAGCUGCCGCCGGAGCUGCUCGGCAGCCGCCUGCCGCCGCCGGCCAUGGAGCUGCUGGCUGCGGCUCUCAGCGCCGCCUGCGCCCUCGACCAGGACGGCACGGCGGGACAUCCCAGCAGGGAGCCCACGGCUGCCGCUGAGGAGAACCCCACCACCGCCACGGCACCGCCGCCCGCCCACCCCAUGACGGCCGACUCCUGGAGGAACCUCAUCGAGCACAUCGGGCUCUUGUAUCAGGAAUAUCGAGACAAAUCUACACGCCAGGAGAUUGAAACCAGACGACUGCAGGACUCACAGACUGACCCUGAGGAGAGCUCACCCAGUGAGGAAACCCCAACUGAAGCAGAACCUACAAGUACACCUGAAAGCAAAGCUCCACCACAAAUCAGUUUGCUGAGAAACUCCAACUCUAGGUUCAAUUUAUGGCAAGAUCUUCCUGAGAUCCGGAGCAGCGGGGUCCUCAGCAUCCUCCAGCCAGAUGAGAUCAAGCUGCAGGAGGCUAUGUUUGAGCUGGUUACAUCUGAAGCAUCAUAUUACAAGAGCCUCAAUCUGCUGGUGUCCCACUUCAUGGAGAAUGAACGUCUGAAAAAGAUCUUACACCAGUCUGAGGCACACAUCCUCUUCUCCAAUGUCCUGGAUGUCAUGGCUGUUAGUGAGCGCUUCCUGUUGGACCUCGAGCAGCGGGUGGAGGAGAAUAUUGUGAUCUCUGAUGUCUGUGAUAUUGUCUACCAGCACACAGUUAAUCACUUCUCUGUGUACAUCACCUACGUCUCCAACCAGACCUACCAGGAGAGAACUUACAAGCAGCUCCUUCAGGACAAGCCAGCUUUCCGGGAAGUGAUCUCACAGCUAGAGCUGGAUCCCAAGUGCAAAGGCCUGUCCUUUUCUUCCUUUCUGAUUCUGCCAUUUCAAAGGAUCACUCGACUCAAGCUGCUGGUGCAGAAUAUUUUGAAGAAAGUGGAAGAAAAGUCUGACAGAGAAUCCACUGCCCUGGAUGCACAUAAAGAACUGGAAACAGUAGUGAAAGCAUGUAACGAAGGUGUCAGGAAGAUGAGCCGAACAGAGCAGAUGAUCAGUAUCCAGAAGAAACUGGAAUUCAAGAUCAAGUCUGUGCCCAUCAUCUCUCACUCCCGCUGGCUGCUGAAGCAGGGAGAACUGCAGCAAAUGAAUGGUCCAAAGACGUCACGGACGCUUCGCACCAAGAAGCUCUUCAGAGAAAUCUACUUGUUCCUUUUCAAUGAUCUGCUGGUAAUAUGCCGGCAAAUCCCUGGGGACAAGUACCAAGUGUUUGACUCAGCUCCUCGGGGGCUUCUUCGGGUAGAGGAGUUAGAAGACCAGGGGCAGAGUUUGGCCAAUGUCUUCAUCUUGAGGCUGCUGGAGAAUGCAGAUGACCGGGAGGCCAGCUACAUGCUGAAGGCAUCAUCCCAGAGUGAAAUGAAGCGCUGGAUGAUUUCGCUGGCCCCGAACCGGAGAACCAAGUUUGUCUCAUUUACAUCCAGGCUUGUUGACUGCCCACAGAUCCAGUGUGUCCACCCCUACUUGGCCCAGGAGCCAGAUGAGCUGUCCUUAGAACUGGCAGACGUCCUCAACAUCCUGGACAAGACAGAUGAUGGCUGGAUAUUUGGGGAGCGUCUUCACGACCAGGAGAGGGGCUGGUUCCCCAGUUCUAUGGGGGAGGAGAUCCUGAACCCCAAAAUCCGAGCUCAGAACUUGAAGGAAUGCUUCCGGGUGCACAAGUCGGAUGACAGCCAGCGGAGGAAAUUGGGCAGUAGAAACCGCCAGUGACCACUAACAUUCUGGAAUGUCUUCAGUGCCUCUGGGAGAGGGGCAGAGGACAGAGACUGCCAGCUGGGAGAAUGUGCCAGUGGUGCCGUGGGCCAUGGUGCAGGACCUAGCGUGCUGGACGAGGCACAUGCACCCCCAAACAGACUGUAGUUCCUGGCUCCCUGACAUGCUUCCUAGAGCACUGAUCCUUUCCUGGAGAUCAGUGCUCUGAACCAGCUAAAACAACCCCUUUCCAGGUGUUCUGUAAAGCCCCAAAGAGCACAAGCCAAUUGGACACAGCUUGAAGGCCAUCAGGCUGGUCAGCUGAUCCUGUUCCCUGCACACGUGCUAGCUGGGGCUGGCUCAGGCCUCUUGGAAAAGGCACACAACCAAUAAUGUGACUAAGCAAUUAAUGCCCCCCAGUUUGAGCACUUCAGUUUAUCGCUACCUUUCGAGUUUGGGGCCUACCUAAAGCAGCAUCUCACAGGGGUAGAAACUGAAGCAGAGGAGCUGUAUUGCCACCUCUCUCACAACCCCUAGGAACCAGGCUGGGACGAGCCCCAGCAAUUCCACCUUCCAGCCCUGCUGUGAGGCUGCUGGGCCUGUUUUUCUGGGCAGACCCUCCCAUCUGCUUCCAGUAAAAUGCUCCAUAGCCAGCCCUGCUCCACCAGCAGCCCACCCUCACCAGCCCAGACCAACAUCUCUGCCCUCCUGAGGGCCUUGAAGCACAUCUGGGCCCUGACCACUGGCUCACCCCUUCUUCCACAGCCAGCAUCCCUCUGCAGAAGCCUGGCACCACAGCCUUUCCCAGUUGUCUGGCACUUUGCUGCUCACUGCUGAGGCAGCUGUGCCAGCACCUCCCCACACACCACCAUAUACCAUGGGAGCACCAGCAGACCCGGGCUGCCACACAGCAUACGAGUGACGUUACCCUAGGAGCUGUUGUCCCACAGGUUGUGGGAGACCCAGCAAUUCCUGCCUGCAUGCUUGUAACCCACAGCACCCAGCCCCACGCCCAGCCUGCGCGCAUGAGCUUCCUCACAGGCUCACCUCCGUGUAUGUAGACCAACCCUGUCGGAACCGGAUCAUCGCUCCUUCCAGCCGUGGCUCUGAGCAUCGCAUGGAGCCCAGGGCACAGCACUAAGACCAGCCAGGGGAUGGACCCACGACAGCUGCCUGUUGUUCAUGAGCCAUGCUCUUGCACAUGGUCACAGCCCCUUCGCUACAAGCUGGUCCCAAACUAUGGCCAGCAUCCAGCAGGGAAAUGAAUUCUUCAGCAUCUCUCUGUAACACUGCAAAGGAGUCUUCCAGGCACUGUGGCCUGCACUGACGUACGCUCUGGUGGUGCCAUGGUUGUACUCAACAAGGGGAUGGAGAGCAGCUGCCUGCUGAUGGCGCCAGGCACCAGCCACAGAGUGGAAGAGUACAACCAUGGUGAUGGCAGCAUGGGGAGGAAGCUGGACACUGGAAGCUACUGGAGCAAGGCUCUGGAGCACUGUACUGGAGCUGGUUACACAUAGGGUGUGCAUUGUGAGGCUGGGGCUGUGCUAUCACUGCACAGCCAGCCAAGAGUCACCCUGAACUGGGAGGGCUGCAGCCAGGCCCCAGGUCCAAACUGGUGGGAGCCACAGCAGUAAAGGGAAAGCAAGGGGAUUCACCUUCAGGUCUAGCUCAGUACCACCACAUCAGGAUAUGACAACAGCCAGCAAGACUGUGCCUACCCUGGCCACUGGUAGCACACCCAGGAGAAGGCCCUGGCCAGGUCACACCAGCCAGAGGCUCCUGGCCACCUGCCAACACCCAGCCCAGAGCUGAGGGCCAGAAGAGUCUACAGCCUCCAGUUUGGUACUUUGAACUUAUCUGGGGAGACCCCAAGUCAGAUCCCCCCAACAGUAUCCCACAAUUAGCUUUCCGAGUACAACCAAAGCUCUGGCCCAGGGUGCAGACCUUGCAGCAGCCAGAAAUUCCCUAGCCAAACAUGAUCUAGCAAUUCCUUAAAAUCACUCAAGAAAUCAUCACCACCCAGGUCCUCCAGCUUUACAGCCCAGCAGCCAGCCCAGUCCAGGCACUACAGUCCUACAGGCAUCCCAGGACAUUUUUCACAUCACAGAAAUGCUCCUUUACCCAUCGGAAACAGCUCCAUUGCUAGUGGAGGAGCAGACCCAGGUUCCCCAGUACCAGAACACUGGUUCUUCACUGCUUUUUUUUCAUGGGGUAGGAGGAGAAGGAACCCAGAGCUGCUGUGCACUGUCCUGAGACCCACCAAGCUCUGUGACUUGCCUCAGACCCUCUUGCUCUGUUGUGAUGUUUUAGGACUCCGGGCCCUAGGCACAGGCUGUGCCAUUUUCAGGCACCAAGUGUCAUCCAGUGUUAUUUCCUCAGACCCAGCCCUGCACGCCUCUGUUUCAGUGGUCUCAAGUGUUGUACAGGGCCAGGCCUGGGGCCCACAAGUGUGGGCCAGAGGCCCCCCAGCCCCCACCAGUCUGCCUCAGCAAGCUGAGGGGAACUUCUUGUCUCGUUUUUCUGUGUGAUGAAAUAUAGCUGAGCGAGCCAGCACCAAAGCAACACGCCUGCAUCUUCUUCC